AUGACUCAGACACCUCAGUCAAUUGAUUUCGAAAAAAUAAAAGAGUCAUCAGAUGGAACUUUAAAGGGAAUGUUAACCCAGGGGUUCAAUGAAAUAGUUGUCAAUAACCCGUAUUUUGCGGCUGGUGGUGGAUUGAUGUUGCUUGGUACAGGAUUGGCAUUAGCAAGACUGGGAGUAGUGAAAGGAUCAGGAUUUGUUUAUCGUCAGUUAUUAGUUGAUUUGGAAAUUCCUUCGAAAGAUAAAUCGUACCUAUGGUUCUUGGAAUGGAUGUCCCAAUAUAAGCAUAGAACUUCGCGUCACUUAUCUGUUGAAACCAAUGUGAUCACUCAUGAUAAUGGUGCUAUCACUACUAAUUUUUCAUUAGUUCCAGGACCCGGGAAACAUUUGAUAAGAUAUAAGGGGGCAUUUAUGUUAGUAAAUCGUGAACGAUCAGGGAAAUUGUUGGACAUGACUAGUGGUACACCUUUUGAAACUGUGACCUUGACAACCCUUUACCGAGAUCGCAAAUUGUUUAAUGACUUAUUGAGCGAGGCAAAAAGUUUGGCAUUAAAAGCUCGUGAAGGGAAAACAGUUAUCUUUACGUCAUGGGGUCCCGAAUGGAGACCUUUUGGACAGCCUCGCUCCAAAAGAUUGUUGGGGUCGGUUAUUUUAGAUGAAGGAAUUGCCGAAAACAUUGUCAAUGAUGUUAAGGAUUUUCUUACUAGUGGUGAAUGGUAUCACAAACGUGGUAUACCUUACCGAAGAGGCUAUUUGUUAUAUGGACCCCCUGGAAGCGGUAAGACUUCUUUCAUACAAGCAUUGGCUGGAGAGUUGGAUUACAAUAUUUGCAUCUUAAAUCUAUCCGAAAACAAUUUGACUGAUGAUAGAUUGAACCAUUUAAUGAAUCACAUACCGAAUAGAUCUAUUUUACUAUUAGAAGAUGUUGACGCUGCUUUUAAUAAAAGGGAACAAACCAAUGAUCAAGGUUUUAGCAAUGGGGUAACUUUCUCUGGAUUGCUAAAUGCGUUAGAUGGUGUUGCAAGUGCUGAAGAAUGUAUUACAUUUAUGACUACAAAUCACCCCGAAAAGUUGGAUCCAGCUUUGCUUAGACCAGGAAGAGUUGAUUAUAAAGUCAUGAUAGACAACGCAACCGAAUAUCAAGUUAAGCGCAUGUUCUUAAGAUUUUAUGAAAAUGAAGAAGAGCUUUGUGAGAAAUUUUUAACCAAGUAUAGAAAGUUAAAUAUGCAACAUGUUAGUACAGCACAAUUGCAAGGGUUGUUCGUAUACAACAAGAGAGAUCCGGAGGCAGCAAUUGCCAUGAUAGAAACAUUACAGAACCCAAACACUGUAUUUUAA